AUGGUGAGGCUCACCGCCGACUUGAUUUGGAAGAGCCCUCAUUUUUUCAACGCCAUCAAAGAGCGUGAAUUGGAUCUUCGAGGAAACAAGAUCCCUGUCAUUGAGAAUUUGGGUGCUACCGAGGACCAAUUUGAUACAAUUGAUUUGUCUGAUAAUGAGAUUGUCAAGCUGGAAAACCUGCCAUUUCUUAAUCGCUUGGGCACUGUGCUACUGAAUAACAACAGGAUUACCCGUAUUAGCUCUAGAAUCGGAGAGUUCUUGCCGAAACUGCAUUCGUUAGUUCUGACAAACAACAGACUUGUCAAUUUGGUGGAGAUCGAUCCUCUCGCCUCUCUUCCAAAACUGCAGUUCCUCAGUCUUCUAGACAACAACAUCACAAAACGGCCCAAUUAUAGGCUGUAUGUAAUUUUCAAACUAAAAUCCCUUCGAGUUCUUGAUUUCAAGAAAGUGAAAGCAAAGGAGAGAGCAGAGGCAGAGAGGUUAUUUGCAUCUAAGGAAGUAGAAGAGGAAGCUAAAAAAGAAGUUGUUAAGCCUUUCACCCCUGCUGAGGCUCCUAUUGAUGUGGAUGUUGCAGGGGAACAACAGAAUGCAAAGGUGGUAGGACCCACACCGGAACAAAUCAUAGCUAUUAAGGCUGCCAUUGUGAAUUCACAAACUCUUGAAGAAGUUGCAAGAUUAGAGAAGGCAUUGAGCACGGGGCAGCUUCCAGCGGAUUUGAAACUUUUCGAUGAAGUGCCCCAGUCAGACACUAGUGCAGGAGAAAAAGACGAGGAAAUGACCACUGAUGAGAUCCCUACUGGACCUACAGAUAUGGAUCAGGUAGGAAUAGGUUGGUUAUUGGGCUGUGCUUGUGAAGAAAGGAGAUUGCCUCGGCGUUUUCUCGAGCCUGAUCUAUAG